AUUGCGAAGACAACAGUCUGAAGUGGGAGAAUGUAACAACAGACCCACCACUCCCAGUAAAACAUGGGGUUCAGCUAAAUUUGAACUGCGAACCCGGUAAAACCAACUCAGGAGGGGAUGUGGCUGAAUGUAAGGAUGGGAAGUUAGUGCUGGCUAGUGCUGAACCCCCAAUUUGUGGAUUUGAUUGCGAAGCCAACAGUCAGAAGUGGGGGAAUGUAACAACGAACCCACAGUUGCCAGUAGGACAUGGGGUUCAGUUAAGGUUAAGCUGCCCACCAGACCAAAUAAACUCAGGAGGGGAUGCAGCUCAAUGUAAGGAUGGGAAGUUAGAGCUGGUUGGUACUAAACCCCCAAUCUGUGGAUUUGAUGAAGUCAUCACACCAACAUCGGCAAGACAGUCAAGCUAUGCUGACGGCGAUUACGGUGCAAAUAAUGCCAUAGAUGGAAAUAACAACACACAAUCAUGGACAGACUUUGAAGCAGCAGCAUGGUGGGAAGCACAAUUGGCAGAAGUGUAUUGCAUCAGCAAAAUCGUAGUUGAAAGGGGAGGAAGUGAAUGCACCUACACCUUUUCGUGCGGCAUUAUCAGUGGCCAUGGUUCUGCAAAAGAUAGAUGUGGCGAUCUUUCAGUAGAAAUCUAUGAUGGAAAUAGGCUAAUGAAAGAUGAAGAUUCCCUAUGCCUAAAUGUGUACUCGGGGAUGCAGUAAAACUGCACAGACAAGCAAGCAAACCAAACAUGCAACUGAGUCUGAAAGAAAUAACAAUCGCAAGAAGAAUUGAUACCGAAGGGGAUACAAAAUGCUGUGGAAAGGCGCCAGAUUGGUCUAACAUAGAAGAAAUGGACCAACUACCAGUUAAACAUGGAACUCAACUGUCAGUCAGUUGCAAACAUGGUCACAGAAACGUCGGAGGAAACAGUAAUAUCCGGUGUCAGGAUGGAAUCAUCAUCGCUAGUGAAGCACCAAAAUGUUUAGCUAGUUGCAAAGAUGAGAGUAUUAUCUGGGACCAUGUUCAAGUAGUAGACCCAUAUUUGCCUGCUGAACAUGGUGCACCAAUCAGAUUCAGCUGUGUAUCUGGUUACAAUAAUUUUGGAGGCGGAACGGCAAAUUGUAACGAUGGUAAACUCGUUCUAAUUGAUGGAGAUCCACAAUGUUUUGCUGAUUGUAGGAUCUACAGUCUGUCAAAGGAAGUAACGUCGGAACCAAAACUUCCAGUUUCACAUAAAACUCCGUUAGAGUUGAGUUGCUUCCCUGGUCAUACCAACUUAGGUGGUAACUCUGCUACAUGUACGGAUGGGGAUAUUGUACCAACUUCAGAAAAACCUUCAUGCAUGGCUGACUGUGACAGAGAUAAUCUACCUUCCAAUUCAAGGACCAAUCACUCAAUGCCUAUACAACAUGGUACUGAACUGUCAGUCAGCUGCAAAGAAGGAUACAGUAACUCAGGUGGUAGUGAAGUUGUCUGUGAGAACGGACUGUUCAAUCCUCAAGGAAAUCCUCCAAACUGUUCACGUGACUGCUCAACUAAAAGCAUUGUGUGGGAGAAUGUUACAGUAGAUUCAAGGUUGUCUGUUGAACACGGUGCACUGAUAACAUUUACCUGUGUUUCUGGUACCAGUAACUUUGGAGUUCCACAUGACUGCCUACUGGACAGUGUUUUAUGGGAUAACACUAAGACAGUGCCAACACUGCCCGUGAAGGAUGGGGAGAGAAUAACGAUUAAGUGUGCAGAUGGUUACAGAAACAACGGCAGUGUCACAGCCACAUGUGUGAAUGGAACUUUAAAACCAUCUGAAAAGCCUACUAGUUGCCUCCCAAAUUGGCUGCUUGAUUGUGUCAGGUACCCUGUCAGUGGGUCACGUGAUCCUAUGCAGGAAGCAUAA